AUGUCCCUUAAUGGGCAACAAUUUAGCUGCUUCAUACCCGACAUUGUCACGCAAAAAAAUCAAUCUGAUCACCCCGUUAAAAAUAUCUCUGAUUAUAUUAAAGCUUUUUACAACAAAUGGAGCACAUCUGAUUGCCUUCAUUGGUUUCAUAGUUGGUGGACAUAUAAGAUAUGUAUAGGUCAGGAAGUCACUCAAUAUCGUGAUGAAGGUGGUAUUAUUACGUUGUCCUUAUCUCUCGGAUUGUUUACUAAGGAUUACGACUGGUCUGAUCCACAAGUUACUGGCAGAUAUCACAGCCAGUUUUAUGACCACGGAUCAAUCUGUGAUGUUACAGGGAAACCACGAAGCACAGAAAUUCGCUAUGUUUGCAAUUUCAUGGCUGCGAACCCAGUUAUUACUGAGAUGACAGAAAUAGCUACCUGCACUUAUGUAUUAACAGUCGCUUCUGCGGAUCUCUGUGUUGUUCCUGCCUUAGCACCCAAAAAAGAGAUCGAACCAAGUCGGAUUAUUUGCUCCCCGGUACUUACUGAUGAAUCCUACCGCAAAUACGAUAAUGCUAAAAAGGAAGAACUUAGAAGCAAGAAAAGACUACAAGAAGAACUCCUUUUUCAGACAAACCUGCCUCUUUUACCCGCAAAACGUCGCGCUGCUCAAGAAAGAGUGCUUAGCUCACAUCGAAGCUAUAAAAAACGUCUACAACGCCAAAGCUUGCGAAAAGCUAAAGAACUUCAGAAAGACUUCCUAACUUUCAUGAAACGAGUUGAUAAUAAUUUUAGAAAGGCUCCUAAUGAAAAUUCGAUUCUUCCAAAUGUUAACACUGAAUCACUAGUUCGGUUGUUCAGAGGCAUUCUACGAUUUGUUUUUCCUGGUUCUGAAAUGGAAGACAUCAUGGCAACGAACUUACUGAUUGCUCAUAAUCAGACGGUUGAGAUCGCUUAUGUUUUACUAAAGCGAAUGAGGGAUUCCUUUGAGAACUCCAUUGCGAUUGGGGAGAUUCCUAACACAUUUCAAAUGCUACGCCAUUGUGUCUAUCUCCUUAAUAAACUGGAGAAUAUAAAAUCUACAAAAGGCCUAACGAGAUUAAGGCAGUCUCUUGAGAACUACCAUCAUCGAGGAGCCUAUCGCCGCUUCUCCCCAACAGACAAAUUCUACAAUUUUAUCCACUCUCAAGAGGUCACUUCUGAACGAGGAAUAUUUGAUUCGCUAAAUUCCACAAUCGAAACUUCCAGAAACGCUCUCAAUUUUUUGCAUCUGCAGUCGUAUAUGACAGCACUUAUUGGAGCUGACUUUGAAAACAAACCACCAGUUAAGCUGAAGUUUGACGAGAUUUUGCGAGGUCUGGAGAGUGAUACGCAUUCGUCUAAGGAGACAGUUAGAAUACUCCAAGAGACCUUGGUUUCACCAAAAAUGCAGUCUAUACUCAAGAUCUUUCCUGCUGGGCAGACAGGUGAUGUCGUCGUCAAGGCCUCUUUUCAAAAAAUCGCGCACAACAAAAUGGCCUUGGUUAUAUCGGUAGAAGAUGAAAGCGUAUCGAGUUAUAAGGAGAAUGCCCAAAACUACAACGUGAAAAUAGAUGUGGACUAA